CUAGAAGAAAAUAUAUACGCCAGCCAGCCGGCCCACGACUAAACCCCACUAUCCUUCCCGGCGAAUUCUCCAUUGCUUCGCUUCCGCAAGACUCUUUCUCCCCCUUUCCCCCCUUCCUCGCCUCAAGGUAGGUAGCCGCCAUAGCCGAGAACCUAACGCAACUGCACGCCGUUGAUCGGCGGCGUCCGGCCGGGUCGAUGGAGCCAUCGUCGGACGACUGCGGGGUUGCCGCCUUGGCGGCCGGCGGCGGCAACAAGAAGCAGCAGCCCCAGUUGGGGCGGUCGCUGACGUACCACCACGGGGGGCACCGGCGGGGGCGGGGGCGGGCGCAGCUGGCGGACGAGCCGAGGGCGAGGGCGGACGCGGUGGUGCUCUACACGACCUCCCUCCGCGGGGUGCGCCGCACCUUCGCGGACUGCUGCUCGUCGCGAGCCAUCCUGCGCGGGCUCCGCGUGGCCGUCGACGAGCGGGACGUCUCCAUGGACGCCUCGCUCCGGGGGGAGCUCCAGGCCCUGCUGGCGGCGCGUGGGCGCGGGUUCUCGCUCCCGCAGUUGCUCGUCGGCGGGAAGCUCGUGGGCGGCGCCGACGAGGUCCGCAGGCUGCACGAGUCCGGCCAGCUCAGGCGCCUCCUCCGCGGCGCUGCUGGCCAGGACCCGGCCUUCGUCUGCGCUGCCUGCGGCGGCGCCCGCUUCGCGCCUUGCCCGGCAUGCGACGGCGCCCGCAAGGUGUUCGACGAGGAACAAGGCCGCGCACGACGCUGCGGCGACUGCAACGAGAACGGGCUCGUCCGCUGCGCCUACUGCUCUUCUUCUUGACUUUGAAAUCGAUCGAUCACCGCAAACACGAUCGUCCGAAUUCCAGUUCUAUUAUUCGCUGCUAAUUAAUUUGAAGGAGGAUAUAUAUUUAGAGGUGGUAGAUGAUUCGUCAUCAGAGAGGUGCGUUUCAUAUUGUUUCUUGGCGUUGGAUUUGUGUGUUAUAUAAAUCUGAACCCGAUCAUUUGGGGAUUGGUUCAGAUUGGGUGCUGUGCUCAUGGUCAUGGAGGAAGAACGAAUUGCUGUUCUUGCUGCAGAAAAAUUGCCAUUGUGGUGAUGGCGAUUUGGGAAAUAAUACGGUGCUUGUAUAUGUGUGUGUGGGUAAUGUAAAGGGAAGAUUUGUCACUGACAUUAGCUUGAUUAAUUAAUGUAAAUACUUGAGCUUGGUUGAUCA